AUGGAUAAAAUAGGUAUUACCAAAGGAACCGUCGGUUCUUACAACUUAAAGCCCCUGCAAGCCCAGGGACGUUCAACACGUAGAAACACCGCAAAAUCUCCGAAACCAAUCAAACUGGCGUUUGAUAAAAACGGACAACCAAGCAAACCAUUAGCAAAUGCAGAAUGCAAUCGACCAGUCUUCUUAUAUUUACAGCCGAAAAAUAUAUCGUACCCGAACGAAGAUGACGUAUCGGUAGAUAUACUUUUAGAGCAUGCCAGUAAUGCCAUCUCCAAGCUAUCUGAUUGUUUUGCAUUGGAUCUGGUAAUUCGGAAGAAUACAUUUGCAUCCGAAAGACCAACAUUCAGCAUGACCAUCAAGCAGGAUUGCAUUGAAGAUAUUAUAUCGUUCGGCGAUACGCCAAUUGUAUUAACCGCUUAUGAAUAUUGCUCUGAAGACGGUAUGGAGGAAGAAAGUUUGGAGGAAAGCGGCCAAAACAGAACAUUACAGGGACAGUUGGUGGCUCAAGGACAUUUGGAUAUGCUGCAAUUCUUUACAAAAAAACGUUGCAAUUCUUCUAUUGACGUGUUUUUAUAUCCUUUAGACCCAUCCGAUUAUAGUAGAACAUAUAAAAUAACCUUGGACGUAUACUCGUUAAUGCCUCUCAUCAAGGAUGUUCAGUUCUCAAAUAUAAUCUAUUUAUCGUUCAAAUCAUUGUUUAACGUCGAGGCCGAUCUUUUAGAUAACUGCGAUAAUUUAGUUGCCAAAUUUUCGUGGCAAUCAAAAGUUCCCAAUGCAAAGAACGAAUACGAAAAAGAAUUUAUAUGUAAAUACACUGUAUUCACUAAAACUAUUAUCAGCGACCAGAAUUUGUACUACACGUGGGAAAGUCUAAAGAAUUCUAAUUUCAAAAAAGACCAGAGUAUGGGCGUAGCUUCAGCUUUAACUUUAAAUUUACAUCAAUUAUUUGAUAACAUUUUGCGCACCGAAGGUGUCAAUUUCGACCUCGACAGCAUUGAUAUGGACAAGGAUUAUGCCCUCGUUUGCAAUUCAAUACAUCGCUUCAUUUUAACGAACCGUAUGCACGUUGCCUUAGAAAAAGCCCUAGUCUGCGAUAAGUAUAAAAUUAUUAUAGAAAUGAUUAAUGAAAAUCGGCCGAGAGAAAUACUCUUGCAAGGUUUCAUCGAUCCUUCAAUAUUUUUAUAUCCCGAAGUAACUCCUCCUACCGCUGAAGCGAAAACUUCAAAAACUCUUAACGUUCGUGAACAAAAGCAGGAAAUCGUGCCUGAAGUACAAGAGAAAACGACAUUUGCACUUAUUAAAAUCUGCUUAAAAGCACCGAUCACAGAGCCGGCUGAGGAUUUGCUUGAUGUUUACAACGUCAUCGCGAUGAAACGCGACAUAUUUAAAAAUUGUUGGCUAAAAAAGCCAUGUAAACCACGUUGUUCAACGAGCGCAGAGAAACAAUACGCAUAUAGCUAUAAGUCAUUUGAUGAUGCAGUCUUAGAGCUAAUAAAGUUCAUCAGAAUACAUAAUAUAUGCUCAAUAAAUGGCGACAAACAUUUAUACCGCGAGCAAGUCGGAGACAUGGCUGAUCGCAUUUUACCUCUUAUAUCAUGCGAUUUUAAUGUACGUCAACCAACUAACACUAACAUGGAAUUUAUGAACUUGAUGACGAAGGUUUUCCACGAAUUAUCGGAGCGUUGCUACCGUUUAAUCAAACGAGAGGCACGUUAUAACAUCGAACCCAUAUCUCUAACGCAGAUAAAUAUCACAAGACUCUUGUACGAAGUCGAAAAUGAUGAAAUGAAUCAAUAUUUAACAGAAAAGUUGGAACAAACAUGGGGCAAUAAUGACAUGUAUUUAUUUUACAAAUUCAUAUAUGAUUUAGAAUUAAAGAAUUAUGAUGCGGCAGAAGAGUAUUUAAAAAUCUCUGUAUAUGAUGAAAAUCUGGAGCUAAUUAUAGAUAUUUGUGAACUAUAUUUGAAUUAUAUAAAGAACACAAUUGAUACGAGCUUUGAAGGUGACAUUGAGGAAACCCUGUUAAUCGGUUUAAUGCAUUUUUGCGAAAUGGCACAUCCCAAAUCUCCCGUAGGCUGGAUGCUUCUGUACUGUGUAUAUAAAAAACAUAAUUAUCGUCCGGGUAUGGAUUAUGCUCGCUGGCACUACGAAAAUCGUUUAUAUAUAUUUGCCCAAUGGAUGUAUGAGGACAUUGCUGAACAAUUGCCAAAAAUUGAAAGGUAUAUUCUCGAUGCAAGUUUCAAAUUGGCUACUAAUCAGGUAGAGGAUUUCCGUAUCGUGGAAACUAUGCAAGUGGACAGUCCUAUUAAUGCAGCCGACUUGCGUGCUUUCGUUGAUCUGGUCAAUGGCAAUAUAGAAUAUUUACGGAGUCCCAACAAUUUGUCUUGGGUACAUAAUUACGCAUCUAUUUUCAAUGUCGGGCGAUUAGAAGACAUUUCCCCGUUUCAUUUGGGAAUAUUGCGCUACGCUUGUUAUAUGUUACGAGAAAAAGAAUUUGAAACUGCGAUAUAUGCAUUCGAUUUUGCUGACGAUAUUCCUGAAAUCGUUAGAUGCAUAGGCAAAGCUAAAGCUUUCUAUCAUCUGGACCGUUUAAGAGAAGCUGAACAACAAUUCGCUUUAAGUACUACUUACAAUAUUUAUUAUCCGUCUGUGUGGGCCAAUCUUGCUUUGAUCAAUUUGAGAUUGGGUAAAAAUUAUGAAGCGUUAGAAUGUUGGAAAUAUGCUCGAUUGGACCCCAAUAUCGAUGUUAGUGAAGAUAUUUUAGAGGAGCUGGAUAAGAUUAAUCCGAAAAAUAUAUUUUUAUACGCGUCGCCUUAA